GCCCCCCACAAAAAGGUGGGUUGGAGGUAUAGCUCAGUGCACAGGUACUGAAAAGGGGAGUGCCUUUUGUGUUGUCAGGGCUACUCCUCUCUUUAUGUAUGGCUGCAGCAGCUUCCUUUCCUCCCUGGGUGUGCAGAUGGUGACCCCACCUUUGUGGGGGGAUCAUAGGGAAUGAAGUGCUGUUAGCAUGGAGAGCAAGCUCUCAGUUCCCCAUAGUCCUAACACUCUGAGCUUGACACAUUGUUCUGCAGGCUAAGCUUCGAAUCUUAAGCCAAGUGGCCUUUUCCAGAGCACUCCUGUUGUGUGGGGUGGUCCAUUUGACAUUUUUCCUUUGUCCCCUGAGGAGGACUUGCUUAGAUGUGGUAAGGAAUAAGAACAAAAGUAUAUGGGAUUCUACCCUUUCGCUGGGAAGCUUGUGUCUGACAGUGUUGGGGAAAGACUCCCUUUGGGAGUUAGUGGGAGGUGAGGCUUUGCCACCUUGAUCGGUGGACCUGGAGCUGCCCAGUGCCCAUCCACAGCUCCCAGCUCUUCCCAGCACCUCUGAUGAGGCUGCUCCGGGACUUGCUGGGUGAAGGGUGUGGGGGAGAGCAGAGCAGUGAGUGUGCAGCCAGAUGGACGUCAGAGCCAGCUCCAGGCCAAGAACAGGGUUGAAGGAUGUGUUUGUCCAGUGCUAAUUGAGGGCACAGGGACAGUGGUGGCUUCAGCAGGGCUUGAGGGGCUUUCAUUACCCAGUGAGCUAGAUGGCAAGCCGGAGAUUAUGUGGCUUCUCCCAAGAGGCCCUGUAUGUGUGGUUUGCUAGAAACCAUCAUGCUGCCGUAACUAAAUAGUGAUGAUUUCUGUCUUGGUUCCUGGAUGUGGGUGUCUAAGACUGCUUGGAGCUGAGUGUUGGGGGACACGGGAACAGAGCUCAAGGGAAGUCAGCUCUAAUACUUAUCAUGAACUCCGUCUGAGGGUUUGGACAGGAGGGGUCUAGCUCUGGCUGAUUGUUCUACUAGCUAGGAUUCUUACCAGCUCAACCAGUGUCUUCCCUUGUAGAACCUUUUGACCACUCAAGUUUUAGAAAAAGCUAGGGGUAGAGAAUUAGCUCAGUGCUGCACACCUGCGGGGCAAGUGCAAGGUCCUGAGUUUAGUCCCUGGUACCAAAAAAAGUUAUCCCCACAAGUGGGGGCCCCAAGACCAAAGUGAAGAACCUUGUCCAGGGUCUUACACUGGUUGGUGGGAAAGGAAACAGUGUUCCUCUGUUGGAGGGAUUGUAUAAGGAACAGUCCAUUUCAGCACCUACGGUUAUGUAGGAUCCUGGACCUUUGUCUGCAUCUCUAAGGAGAUUGAAUGAAAUGGUCUGGUAGGGCCUUGUAAUCCUGACAGAUGGGGUUCUCCUUCCUCUGCAGUUUUUGUCUUGACUCCUUUGCUGCUUAAUGCAGAGUUCUUGGUUCCUGGCGUGCUCAUUCUAGUUUCUGAGAGGACAUGCAUGAGUUGUCAUUAUCCUUGAAGAAAGGAGGGUUUUGAGGUAGCAAACAGGAUCAUCAUUUGCCCACAAUGAAGCCCUGCACUCAGAGUGCUGGAGCCUCAUUGGUCAUUAACUUACCUUUUGGGAGAUGCUCUGACGUCACCUGUGUACCCUGCACAGGGUCUCUGAUGGGCCUGGGUGACAUUAUCUCACAGCAGCUGGUGGAGAGGCGGGGCUUGCAGGGGCACCAGACAAAGCGGACCUGGACCAUGGUGUUCCUGGGCUGUGGCUUUGUGGGCCCUGUAGUAGGAGGCUGGUAUAAGAUUUUGGACCGGCUCAUUCCUGGCACCACCAAGUUGGAUGCGCUAAAGAAGACAUUGUUGGACCAGGGGGCCUUUGCGCCGUGUUUCCUAGGCUGCUUCCUGCCACUGGUGGGGACACUUAAUGGACUGUCAGCCCAGGAUAACUGGGCCAAACUGCAGCGGGAUUAUCCUGAUGCCCUCAUCACCAACUACUACCUCUGGCCUGCUGUGCAGUUAGCCAACUUCUACCUGGUCCCCCUGCACUACAGGUUGGCUGUUGUCCAGUGUGUGGCUGUCAUCUGGAAUUCCUACCUAUCCUGGAAGGCACAUCAGCUCUAACACUGCCCUGCUGCAUCUUUCCCAUGUGCCGCGAUGCACCGUGUGACCCUGAUGCCCACAGGCUCUUCAGACUUCUGCAGAUCAGUGUGCGUGAGGUGGGGUUGUUGCUCAGAGCACUCUACAGUGGCACAUUUCACUCUGGAAUGUGUACUGACUGCUGAAAUCACUGGCGCCUUUGAUACAUUCACAGGACAGGGAUGUAUUCUGAGAACAGCACCAUUAGGCAGUUGCAUCCUAUAUGACCACCACGGAAGAUCCUUACACACAUGUGCAUGGCAUAGGUCAGCCGCUCAGCGUGGCCUUGUGAUACAAACAGUACGUGGUAAACUCAGAUGCCUGAGGCCGCCGCCUGCCUAACGCCUACUGUUUACAGUUAGCUUUUUUUUUUUUUUUUUGGUACUGGGGAUUGAACUCGGGUCCUUGCGCUUGCAAGGCAGGCCACCGAACCUCUGAGCUAAAUCCCCAGCCCUACAGUUAGCUUUUUAAAAAAUAAUGGAUACACUAUAAAAUAAUAGAGUAUAAUAAACCAAUAACAUUGUUAUUUAUUGUCAGGUGUUCUGUACUGUACAUAAGUGUACAUGCUGUGCUUUUUUAUAACCGGCAGCACAGGACUUUUUCCACUAAUACCACCAACAGGAAGAUGCAUGCAGUAUGAUGUUGUAGCAGCUACUGUGCCACUAGGUGAUUGGAAUUUUGGGGCUCCAUUAUAAUUUUAUGGGGCCACAGUUGUGUAGUCUAUCAUUGAGUGAAAUGUCAUUUACAGCACACAAUUGUAAUCUGCUCACACCACGGAUAAGAUUAUGCAUUCCAUAA